AAAGAGUUCCGGACGUAUCAUGCUUCAACUCAGAAAAGUAGAUGCAAAAGUAGAACUAUCUCCCAAAUUCAUAACAUAAUUUAAAGAUUAAUAUUUGAAAAUGACAGAAAUUCGAGUGACACCACUAGGUGCAGGCCAGGAUGUGGGUAGGAGCUGUAUAUUGGUGACAAUUGGUGGUAAAAACAUCAUGAUGGAUUGUGGUAUGCAUAUGGGUUAUAAUGAUGAUAGGCGGUUUCCAGAUUUUUCCUACAUUACAAAGACAGAAGAUGAGAGGUUAACAGAUCACCUAGACUGUGUUAUUAUUACUCAUUUUCACUUGGACCAUUGUGGUGCUUUGCCAUAUAUGUCUGAAAUGGUUGGAUUUGAUGGACCAAUCUACAUGACACAUCCAACAAAGGCUAUCUGUCCUAUAUUAUUAGAAGACUACAGGAAAAUAACAGUAGAGAGGAAAGGAGAAACCAAUUUCUUCACAUCAGAAAUGAUAAAACAGUGUAUGAAAAAAACAGUGGCUGUCAACCUACACGAAGUUAUAAAGGUUGAUGAUGAAUUGGAGAUAAAAGCAUAUUAUGCAGGACAUGUUUUAGGGGCAGCAAUGUUCCAAGUGAGAGUUGGUCAACAGUCCAUGGUAUAUACAGGUGACUAUAAUAUGACCCCAGACCGACAUCUUGGUGCUGCCUGGAUUGAUAAAUGUCGUCCUGAUUUACUGAUUACAGAAUCUACAUAUGCUACAACAAUACGAGAUUCAAAGCGUUGUCGAGAGAGAGAUUUCCUGAAGAAAGUACAUUCUUGUGUAGAGAAAGGUGGAAAGGUUUUGAUUCCAGUAUUUGCAUUAGGAAGAGCUCAAGAGUUAUGUAUACUGCUAGAGAGUUACUGGGAAAGAAUGAACUUAAAAGUACCAAUUUAUUUCUCAUUGGGUUUGACAGAAAAGGCCAAUCAUUAUUACAAGCUGUUCAUUACAUGGACGAGCCAGAAGAUCAAGAAGACAUUUGUACAUAGAAAUAUGUUUGAAUUUAAACACAUUAAGCCAUUUGACAGGGCCUACAUAGAGAACCCAGGACCAAUGGUAGUAUUUGCCACUCCUGGAAUGUUGCAUGCUGGUCUUUCUCUACAAGUAUUUAAAAAAUGGGCUCCAAACCCUAACAAUAUGAUUAUAAUGCCUGGAUAUUGUGUAGCAGGCACUGUUGGCCAUAAGAUUCUGAAUGGUGCCAAGAGACUGGAAAUGGAAAAUAAACAAACUUUAGAAGUAAAGUUGAGUGUGCAGUACAUGUCCUUUAGUGCACAUGCAGAUGCUAAAGGCAUAAUGCAGCUGAUAUCAUGGUGUGAACCAAAAAAUGUCAUGCUGGUCCACGGCGAGGGAGAGAAAAUGGAAUUCUUAAAAAGCAAAAUCCAGCACCAGUUUGGUAUUGACUGUUUCAAACCAGCUAAUGGAGAAACAGCAGUCAUUCACACCAAGCAUAACAUACCAGUAGAUGUUUCUUUACCUUUACUCAAAAGGGAGGCUUCAAAAUUAGGGUCUUUACCACCAGAUCCAAAGAGACCAAAGACGUUCCAUGGCGCCUUAGUAAUGAAGGGAACAAAACUUCAAUUGGUUGAUCCAGGAUUAGCCUUGAAGGAUUUAGGUUUAGAGGAACACAAUCUCAGAUUUACAUCGACAGUCAUGUUAGAGGAGGAAGGGCAGACAACUCAAACAGCAGAUAGAAUAUACCAACUUGUUAAAACAAAUCUAAAAGAAUUUCCUGUGAGUUAUUCCUCUGACGGGUCUAUUAGUAUAUCUGAUUCAGUAUUGGUCCAGGUCUCAGGAGAUGAAGAAUCUAAAUCAGUCCUAGUAUCAUGGUCACAUCAGGAUGAAGAUGUUGGUAGCUUUCUUCUGAAGAUGUUGAAGGAACAGUUAGACACCUGAGAUGAUAGUACCUUCAUCAGCUGUUGCAGAGUUGCAUCAUAUCUUUAAAUAGCAUUCUGCAGGUAGAAGAAGUUUCCUGCUAGGAGAAUUGAUAUAGACUAAAUAUUGCCUUUGUUAAAGAGGUUAUGUGCUGUAUCGUACUCAUUUAUAAAUACUGAUGGCAUAUAUUGUGUAUAAAGUAUGCCACAUAUUAUCAUGUGCUAUGUAAUGACAGUGACAUUGUUUAUCUUUGUGCUCUUGAAUCAAGGUUCCUUGUUAUUAAAUUGCAGAGGAAGCUCAAUAAAGUCAGAAAAGUA